AUAUUUCGACAUCAUUUCUGGUACCGUUCCUUUUCUUCACCAACCCAGUAAGGUGCAAGUACAAGAUGGGAUGUCGCCACUGGAGAGCAGCGGAAGAGAGCUCCGCGGGGACGGCCUUCCUCCUCUCUCUCAUCACCCCUUCCAAGGCUGCCAAGGAUAGUUCCAUCUGACUCAGAGAAGUGUGUUAAAAGUGAAUUCUUCUCAGGGUUGAGACUAAUUUAUUAAAUUAUUAAGUUAAUAAGUUAAUGAGUUAAGACUCUCGAAAAGAAAAACUUAUUAACUUAUAUAAGUCCUUUGAUUCUAUGGCUGCAAUCCAAAAGCUCUAUGAGGUCUGCAAAGUAUCAUUAUCUGAAAAAGGGCCAUCAUCUCUUGAAGCUGUCGAAAAUGUUCGUGAUGUAUUAGAUAUGAUCGCACCUUCUGAUGUUGGACUUGAGUCUGAAGCACAAGCUGUUCGUGUUUGGAGAAGACCACGAGCGUUGAAUAGAAAAACUGUAUUCCCUUCGAGCCCAGCAAUCAGAUAUCGUCAUAUAUAUGAGUGCAAAAGCUUUUCCAUCGGAAUAUUUUGCAUGCCAGCAUCAUCUAUCAUUCCACUGCACAACCAUCCAGGCAUGACUGUGCUCAGCAAACUUCUGUAUGGUAAAGUGCAUGUCAAAUCAUAUGAUUGGAUUGAUAUAGAUGAUUCUCGUAACUUAUCAAAAGUCAGACCAGCCAAGGUUGUAAGAGAUGGUGAAAUAUCUGCACCUUGUGGGGCAAGGGUCCUCGGGAAUAUCCAUGCCAUGAAAGCCAUCACUCCAUGUGCUAUCUUGGACAUCUUGUCUCCUCCUUACUCAUCAGAGGAUGGAAGGCAUUGCUCCUACUUCCGGAGAUUACCAAAAUCAGACCCAUCAGGCAUUUUAUUGGACCGGACAAGGGAAUCUGAAUUCGUCUGGUUGGAAGAAUACCAGCCCUCUGACAACUUCGUUAUUAGGAGAGAUCUUUACACAGGACCAACUUUGAACUUCUGAUCUCACGCUCCGACCCCAUGAUCAGCGCUAUGCUAAUGCUUGCCUUAACAUUCUUCAGUUACCAGGAAGAACAUAGAUAUGUGUAUUGCAAAGUAUUACACUAUUACUUGACUUGUGUUUUCUCUGCAUCUUUAUUUAUACACAUGACCACUAUUUGUGAAUGUGAUCUGAUGUAUCUAUUGUAAGAUAAUUAUAUUGUAUGUUUCUUUUGAGAAACUAUAUUGUAUGUUUCGUAGUGUA